AUGGAGUUUGUGAGCACAAUUGAAGAGGAAGCAAUGAUAAUGUCCAAGAGUACUAAGAGGGAUGAAGAGGGCAUAUUCUUGACAUGGGAGGAUUUGCAAGUAAAUGUUCCAAAUGGAAGAAAGGGUAGGAAACCAAUUCUUGAGGGUGUGACAGGUUAUGCUAAGCCAGGGCAGCUCUUAGCAAUCAUGGGACCUUCUGGCUGUGGCAAGUCCACACUUCUUGAUGCUUUAGCAGGAAGACUGGGUUCAAGCACAAAGCAAACAGGAAAAAUUCUAAUCAAUGGCCAUAGGCAAGCACUGGCUUAUGGAACUUCUGCAUACGUAACACAUGAUGAUGCUGUAUUAUCAACAUUAACAGUUGGAGAAGCAGUGUACUACUCAGCUCAUCUCCAAUUUGCAGGGUCAAUAUCCAACAGAGAGAAGAAAGAGAGAGCAGAAUCUACAAUCAGACAAAUGGGUUUACAAGAUGCCAUUAACACAAGGAUCCAAAGGUGGGGUUCUAAAGGCCUCAGUGAAGGGCAAAAGCGGAGACUAGCCAUUUGCAUUGAGAUUCUUACAAGCCCCAAACUUCUUCUUCUUGAUGAACCAACUAGUGGUUUGGACAGUGCUGCUUCCUACUACGUCAUGACCAGAAUUGCAAGUCUAAAGAUUAGAGAUGGCAUCAAAAGGACAAUUGUUGCAUCUAUCCAUCAACCUAACAGCCAAGUCUUUGAACUAUUUGAUAGUCUCUGUCUCCUGUCUUCAGGUGAAACAGUAUAUUUUGGCCCUACUUCUGCUGCAACUGAGUAUUUUGCUUCAAAGGGCUUCCCUUGUCCACCUCUCCAUAACCCUUCUGAUCAUUUCCUGAGGAUCAUAAACAAGGAUUUCAAACUGGAUGAUGAAGAAUGCUUCCUUGCAAUAGUACCCAAAGAAGAAGCAGUUGAUAUCCUGACAAAGUUUUAUAAAUCUUCUGAAAUUAGCAACCAAGUUAAAAAAGAAGUAGCAGCAAUAGGUGAAAGGGAAUAUAAUUUUGUGGAGGGAAACAAAACACGGGCUGCAUUUUUUUAUCAGUGCCACAUUCUCAUGAGAAGAUCUUCAAAGCACCUGUUUCGUGAUGUAAGCAAUUAUUGGUUACGUCUAGCUAUGUUUGUUCUAGCAGCUAUUAGUCUGGGCACUAUUUUCUACGACGUUGGUUCAAGUAAUGCAUCUAUUCAGGCUAGAGGAGCACUGGUGUCUUUUGUUGCUUCCGUCCUCACUUUCAUAACCCUUCUCGGUGGAUUCCCUCCAUUUGUGGAACAAAUGAAGGUAUUUCAACGUGAGAGAUUGAAUGGGCAUUAUGGCGUUGCUGCUUUUGUCAUUAGCCACACAUUAUCUCCUAUUCCAUAUAUGAUACUAAUGUCACUGAUUCCCGGAGUGAUUGCCUAUUACCUUUCUGGACUUCACAAAGGACUUGAACGUUGCCUAUACUUUUCCUCUGUGCUAUUUGCUUGUAUAUUGUGGGUUGAAAGCCUCAUGAUGGUUGUUGCAAGUAUCUUCCCCAAUCCCAACACAGGAAUCACAGUCUGUGGUGGGAUUGUGGGAGUCAUGAUUUUAACUGGUGGAUUCUUUCGCCUUCCAAAUGACCUUCCCAAACCAUUUUGGAAAUACCCAAUGUACUAUGUUUCCUUCCACAAGUAUGCCUUCCAAGGACUAUUCAAGAAUGAGUUCAUUGGUUUAAAGUUGGCUAGUGAUCAUGAUGGAGGCACCAACAUUAGUGAUAAAGAAAUACUAAGAAAGAUAUGGCAAGUGGAAUUGGGUUACUCAAAGUGGCUCGAUUUUGCUAUCUUAAUGGGAAUAAUUGCUUUGUAUAGACUUAUGUUCUUGGCAAUCACUAAGAGCAAGGAGAAGAUGAAAAAGGCUUGA